UAUAACUGGAAGCAGCGUGGUCAAGGACACCGGCUGAACCAGAGCAGAUAUCGAGGAAGCAGCAAGCAGAGGAACCUCGUGUCAAAGGCUGACAGAGAAGCUGUGGUGUAGAGAAGAUUGAAGCAGCAAUGGACCAGGCAAGGUCAACGAUAUCCAAAAUUUUUAACGGGGAGCCCCACUCCUACACCCGUUUCAACCUGACCCAGAACAUGGAAGGCGAUAACAGCCAGGUGGAGAUGAAGCUGGCGUCCGACGUGGACGAAGAGGUCGGAGUUAAUGGCGUGGGAGAGCACCUCAAUCACAACUCCACCCGCAAACCCUACGUGGCUCAAAAGCUUGGACGCACACCGAAGAACCUCUGCUUCAUGGCAGCAGCCACCCUCCUCAUCUUUAUCAUCGGGUACUUGAUUGGCUACCUGGUUCAUCGGAAGAAGGAUACGGCUCCCAUCUGCUCAGCCUCCGUGGUCCGUGUCGAGGGGCCCAUUCCCCAUGAGACAGGUGCUGCCGCCCUGAUGGACUGGGACGAUGUCAAAAACCUCCUCGCUCAGAAAGUCUCUGCAGACAAAUUUGAAUCUGUCUUCAAUGAGUUGUCCCUUAAGGAACACCGGGCUGGUUCUUCGGGUGACGAGUUUCUGGCGAACAAGGUGGUCAAGAAGUUUAAAGAGUACGGCAUGAUGACCUGGACUGAUGAGCACUUUGUUAAGGUUCAGGACCCCCCAGCUACUGGCUCCAACAGAUUUAGUUUCAAGAAUGGGAGCGAUGAGCGCCCAGAGGGAUUCCUGUCCUACAGUGCCAACGGAGUAGUAACGGGUGCUGUCUUGUAUGGAUUUUACGGGCAGGAAAAUGACUUGAAGUUGCUGCGGGACAAGAGCAUCAACCUGACUGGUAGGGUGCUGCUGGUCAGAGCUGGUCAGAUCAGCUUUGCCGAGAAGGUGGCCAAUGCUGCCAAAAUGGGUGCCUCUGCUGUUUUGAUCUACCCAGACCCCGAGGAUUACCCUAUCGGAGACAACACUCCGCUCUUUGGACAUGUCCACAUGGGUUCAGGUGAUCCCUACACCCCAGGCUUCCCCUCCUUCAACCACACCCAGUUUCCACCUGUCCAGUCUUCAGGUCUUCCGAAAAUCUUGGCCCAGACCAUCACAGCAGGCAUGGCCACCAGAAUUCUGAGGCAGCUGGGGGGGCAGAAUGUGCCGGAUGGGUGGGGCGGUCUCAACAGACUGGGAGACUUGAGCGAUGUUAUCACCGUGGAAGUCAGGAACGUCCUCGCAGAGAAAAAGAUAAACAACGUCUUUGGGGUCAUCAAAGGCUUUGUGGAUGCAGAUCGAUAUGUUGUUAUUGGCGCCCAGAGGGACGCAUGGGGUCCAGGUUUUGCCACAUCGACAGUUGGCACCAGCGUCCUCGUUGAACUGGCACGUUCCAUCUCAGAUAUGGUGAAGAAUGACGGAUUCAAACCGCGGAGAAGCAUUGUGUUUGCGAGCUGGAGUGCUGGAGAAUAUGGGAGUGUUGGCGCCACCGAGUGGCUGGAGGGUUAUCUUUCCUCUCUGAGCAUGAAAGCAUUCGCCUACAUUGAUCUGGAUGGAGUUGUAAAAGGUCAGAAAGGAUUUAAAGUGGCGGCCAGUCCUUUGAUGCACAGCCUGAUCGAGAGCACUCUGACUGAGGUGAAGACCAAUACAGGGACUCUCUCUUCUCAAUAUGGAAGGGGAAACUGGGAAUCAAAUGUGUUGGAGCCUUUGAAGUUGGAUAGUGCUGCCUAUCCUUUCCUUGCCUUUACUGGCAUUCCCUCAGUCUCUUUUGGUUUCACCGCUGGUAACUCAGACUACCAGUUCUUUGGCACAAAGCUGGACACCCGGGACAGACUGAACAUGGCUACGGGCAACCAGGUUCCUCAGCUGGCUAAAAAAUCGACCCAGUUCGCAGGUCACAUGGUGCUCAGGCUGGUCCAUGAUCAUCUGCUGCGGAUGGACCUGAUGAAGUACGACAAGAUCAUACGUACUCACGUGGCUCAGAUCAACGGGAAGGUCAAGGCUGUUCAGAGGAUGCAGCCCCAGCUGCUGCCCAAGGCUCUGACAAUGCAGUGGUUGAUGUCGGCCUCCGGCUCCUACAGCCGCGCCUCUCGCCAGCUGGCGUCAGACAUCCAGAACAGUGACCUGGAGGACAUUGAGAUGUGCCGUGUCAUCAAUGACCGCAUAAUGACGGUGGAAAGGAACUUCCUGUCCCCCUACGUGUCUCCCAGAGAGAGUCCUUUCCGCCACAUCCUGCUGGGCUCCGGACCUCCCACUCUCAAGGCCCUGUCCAACCACCUUGAAGCUCUCAGGACCGACCACCCUGACGCAGACGCCGACCUGUUCCGUAACCAGUUUGCCCUGGCGACCUGGACCAUUCAGGGCUGUGCCAACUCGCUGGCAGGGGACAUCUGGGCUAUGGAUAAUGCAAUCUAAAAAAAGUAGUUUCCCCCCAGUCUCCUCUGUUAAUAAUUUGACCCUCUUAUUACAACUGACAGUCGGCUGUGAUCAUUAACAGUCACAGAUGCACAGCUUUUUAAAUUUAAGAUGAGGAAAUGAUCAAAGUGGAGCCGUUACUAAAUGAGAAUCACCUCUGUUCCAUAAUUUCAACACUCGAGUGAUGAGCUCAUUUUAUUUCCAUGAAGCCAAACAUUAAUGAUAAAAAUGUACUUAAGCCUUACGCCUUAACAAAAAAGUUUAGAGGGUCAUUUUCUUUUCUUUUCUUCACUUUAGAAAGAAAAAUACUUCAAUAAUUGCCACAUUCUGAAUACUUUGGUGCUACUAACGUCUACCUUCACAUCGCCACGUCAUGUGGCAGCACUUCUUGAAUUGGUGUUACCCAACGAAUGAGUUGAAUGUAGUGACAUUGAGGCUUUUUCAGCACAGUAUCAGGUCAUUAAUACAGGAGAGGCUGUGUUCUCCGGCUCAGAGAUGAAUGAAAUUCAAAAGGCCAGUAAGACAUUAUAAGCUAACGUCCACCUGUUUACCAUAAUUAAUACAAAUCUAAACUGCUGAUAUUAAACCCACUGGUGCUGCCAAAUCCUUGUGUUCACAUCUGAGCUGGUUUCUGUUGGUAGCUCUAAUUUCAUACUGUGCCGAAAUCUACUACUCGACUUAUCAUCGGAGAUUCACAAGUUGCUGAAAAGGACCGCAGAUUAAUUAACAAUAACACAGCAGCAGUGUUUUUCACCGAACACAACUAGGAGUAGAUUUUGGACAAUCAGCUGAUGUUACUUGGCACCGUUUUACACCUGUGCUGCAUUCAUCUUUUAAAAGAGUUCUUCACCUUCAAAAUGAACUUUUGUGUAUCAGUUACUCACCAUGUCACCUUGAGUUCGUGAAGAAAACUUUGAUUUUCUUGAUUGCCUCCACAGGGAACGAAGAAUCCAAAAAGGCGAAUAUUCUUCAUGAAUUAAAGUUAAAAGGGGCGGCGUUUAACAACAGCAAAAUUUUAUCAAAACAUCUGUUUACAAACAACUCUUGUAGUAUAAUCCAAGUCUCAUUAAUCCAGUCAUAUGCUCAGUACUUCCCAAACACAUGCACUUUUGUUAAAACUAAGACUGUCGAAAUACUGGUCCAUGGUGCCCUUUGACCUGGUGUGUCAUUGAGGCCACAGUGGCUUUUUCCUAUGACGGAGGCAGACGAGGUGACGCUGCUUGGACCCGUGAAUGGAACAUUUACAUUAAAAAAAAUGCCCAAAUGGAACAGUUGAUAGGAGCACUGUUCUCUGCAGUUUCUGGAGUAAGGAAUAUCGUACCACCCGAGCACUUAAAGUCUGAAAUAUCACCUCAACACAAAGCAUUUAGCAGUGAACCAGGAGGUCCAAGCUAGCACAGCCUAUGAUGUUAGCGCUAGCAGCCAGCCUCGUCAAGCCACACUCAGCCAGGCGUUCAGACACAAGCUGAGUGUGACUGCCUGUGACCGACUAACUCACUCCGUUGCAAAAUGGACUGCAGGCCUGUUUCUGUGUUAGAGGACAAUCACAAAGUUUGAUACGAUUUUGAUCUGCGAUCGAUUUGAGAUGAAUAUCUUCAUUGUCUCUUUCUGGGCUGCUCUUCAUUGUCUGCCUGGCGCUAUGCCGUUAGCACUGUUUGAAUGUUUAGGAAGAUGUGCUAGAGGCAGGGUACACCCUGGGCAGGUCACCAGACUAUCACAGGGCUGACACAUAGAGACAGACAACUAUUCACACUCACAUUCACACCUACGGACAGUUUAGAGUCACCAAUUAACCUGCAUGCAACCUAACGUGGUGAGUAACUGAUAUACAAAGAGUCAUUUUGUGGGUGAAAUAUUGCUCUAAAAGUCCUAACUUUAAAAAAAGAAAUCUGAAUUUGAUUACCUCAAUCGGCCGCCUCCUGACAUUAAUUCUCUGUAGGCCUUUCAAAAAACAGAGGGAGAAGGUCUCCAACCAUGUGGCACUGAACAAACCGUACGUCUAUUUAUUGUGUUAUUUAUUUAUCAGUGGCAGGGUUCACUAUAAAUAGUUUUUUUUAUUGCCUUUUUAUAAGAAAAAAAAAUAAUAGUGUAUAAUUAUCGGGAGCAGUGCCUUCCAUAAUUAUGACAGUUAUACUGUCGAAAUGACAAAAGCAGCAUCUGCUAACAGAAGCGUACGUGUCGACCGACGGCCGGUACUGAGCACUGAACGAUCACUGCACAACUCUGAGGUCAUUUUUUUAAUAACUGACACUGGUUUGGUCUUUAAGACAAGAUCAGCUCACAUAUCACACCUUGGAAAGUAUUACCGGGUGUCAGUAGCGGUCCCUUGGUACACGUACGCCUCUCAUCCUGACAGCAUUAUCGGGAGCAGUGUCUUCCAUAAUGUGAAGAAAAAGAAGAAGGUAGUUUUUGCCUACCAGUGUGCGUUCGUAUCGGAGGCAGUGCCCUCCAUAUUUCACUGUAGGAGUGGAUGUUUUUAUUAUCGGGAACAGUGUUUCCCAUAAUGUCUGUAUAUACAGUACAUUGCUACAUGUUCUCUGCAUCUUUAGAUCACUUUCCAUGCUUGUGUAGUUUCCUGCGAGGAAAAGUUUUAACAUCAGCUCUUAUGAAAGCAUCUCCCGUCCGUCUCAUUAGCGAGGUGAAGAGGCCGUCUUUGCUUUGUCUGGGUUUCCUUUGUGAGCUCAUUUUAAUCAAACGCUGAUAAUGUGUUGUCUUUUCUUUGGGCUUCAUGAUUUGGAGGGUCUUUGCUUUAAAGAAAGAAAAUGUUACAGACAUGUUGGGACCACUGGUUACAGCGGCGUGGUCCAUACUUCCAGAGAAGAUCACACUCUGCAAAUUUGUGUUUUGAAAGUUCUUCCUGCUGUUUUGAUGUGUUUAUUCAUUCAGAGAUUUUUCCUUGUGCCUUUUUGUUUCACGACUGCAUUUUAGAGCUGAGUUUCUACAGUACAGUACUUACAGAAGUUUUGGAGGAUGUGUAUUUGGCUUGUUUAGUUUAGUUUUGACAUUUCUGUAUUUUUCCCCCCUGUUGCUGGCUAGAAUCAAGUUACUGGUUUAAAGGCCUGUUAUGCUACAGCAGCUUUAGAUAAAGUAUGAAAAUUUGUGAAAUAGAAAGUAAAAAUCAAUGUAAAUGGGAUUUAAAAAUUACAUAUUGAAUGUUACAGUCCUUUAGCUAAUCUGCUAAAUCUGGUCACUCAUAUUUAGUUUUUUAUUUUAUUGUAUGAAAACCACCAUGUCUCAGCAGAAAACCCUGAAUCAGUAACAAUUUUAAAAUGAUGUGUUAACCAUUCCUACAUUCAUGGUUUGAGUGAUUAAACUGAUGUGCUGGGAUAUAAUGAGGUAUGUUCUACAUGCACACAUAAGAGUUGAUCUACAGUAUUGGUUCAUGUUUGACAAUGACAACAUGGAUAAAGAUAUUUGGAAAUUGUUAAAAUAACAAUCCUUUUUUUUUUCUGUAUACAGAUUUGCUUAGCUUCACUUUUUUGUUGCUGCAAUAAACGAUCACAUCACAA